CGUUCCCCUUCUUCCCGUUCCGUCAAGGAAAUUCCUAUCCGCCGCAACCGCAAGGGCUCAGGCUCAGCCCCCGUGCGCCGCCGUCCUCUCCUCCUUCCCCAAUCGCGGCAGCCAUCAGCCAACACGUCACGGCCGUGCCAGCCAGGCGAAAAAGCCGCCUCCUUUCGCUUACGCUUUCAUAGCCAGCCUUUGACCGCAGAUUCCCGCUCCAACCUUCCCUCCCAGCUCCGCCCCGCGCAUGGCAUAAAUAUACCGUCUUUGGGUCACCAUUCCCGUCAAGGGAGAGAGAGGCUCGGGAAACCUCUAGUAGUAGCUGCUGCUAGGGCCGCGCGCAAUGGGGGCGGAGUCGCUGUCCGGUUUCUUGGACAUCCGCGCGGCGGCGCCAUUCUUGGUCGCGGCGGUGGCGUUCUACUUCCUGGUGGAGCAGCUGUCGUACCACCGCAAUAAGGGGCCCCUGCCCGGCCCGCCGCUCGUCGUGCCGUUCCUCGGGAGCGUCGCGCACAUGAUCCGCGACCCGACGGGGUUCUGGGACGGCCAGGCGGCGCGCGCCAGGAAGUCCGGGGUGGGCCUCGCCGCGGAUUUCUUGGUCGGGCGGUUCAUCGUGUUCAUCCGCGACUCGGAGCUGUCCCACCGCGUCUUCGCCAACGUCCGCCCUGACGCGUUCCACCUCAUCGGCCACCCUUUCGGCAAGAAGCUCUUCGGCGACCACAACCUAAUCUACAUGUUCGGCGAGGACCAUAAGGACCUGCGCCGCCGGAUCGCUCCCAACUUCAUGCCGCGCGCGCUCUCCACCUACGCCGCAAUCCAGCAGCGCGUCAUCCUCACCCACCUUCGGAGGUGGCUCGACCAGAGCGCCGCCGAGGGCCGGAAGGCCUUCCCGAUACGGGUGCCCUGCCGCGACAUGAAUCUGGAGACCUCGCAGACGGUGUUCGUGGGGCCGUACCUCACCAAGGAGGCGAGGCAGCGGUUUGAGAGGGACUACAACCUCUUCAACGUCGGGGUCAUGGCGAUGCCUGUGGACCUGCCUGGGUUCGCGUUCCGGCGCGCGAGACAGGGCGUGGCGCGGCUGAUUCGCACGCUCGGGGAGUGCGCGCGGGAGAGCAAGGCGCGCAUGCGCGCCGGCGGCGAGCCCGAGUGCUUGGUGGACUACUGGAUGCAGGAUACAGUGCGGGAUAUCGACGAGGCGGCGGCGGCGGGGUGGCCGCCGCCGGCGCACACCGACGACGAGGAGAUCGGGGGCUUUCUGUUCGACUUCCUCUUCGCGGCGCAGGACGCGUCCACCUCGUCCCUCUGCUGGGCCGUGUCCGCGCUGGACUCCCACCCGGACGUGCUCGCCCGCGUGCGCGCCGAGGUGGGCGCGGUCUGGUCGCCGGAGUCGGACGAGCCCAUCACCGCGGAGCAGAUCCUCGCGAUGAAGUACACCCAGGCAGUUGCGCGCGAGGUGAUCCGGUACCGCCCGCCCGCGACGCUGGUGCCGCACAUCGCGGGCGAGCCGUUCCAGCUGACGGAGUGGUACACGGUGCCCAAGGGCGCCAUCGUGUUCCCGUCGGUGUACGAGUCGUCGUUCCAGGGGUUCCCGGACGCCGACUCGUUCGAUCCGGAGCGCUUCUUCUCGGAGGCGCGCAGGGAGGACGUGGCGUUCAAGCGCAACUUCCUGGCGUUCGGCGCCGGCGCGCACCAGUGCGUGGGGCAGCGGUACGCGCUGAACCACCUGGUGCUGUUCCUGGCGCUGUUCGUGUCGGUGGUGGACUUCCGGCGGGACAGGACGGAGGGGUGCGACGAUCCGGUGUACAUGCCGACCAUCGUGCCCAAGGACGGUUGCGCCGUGUACCUCAAGCCGCGGUGCGCCAAGCUCCCAUCUUUCUGAGCUGGUUCUCCUUGUCCUCUUGGUCUUUCCACGCUCUCUCUGUCUCCACUGCCGUUUCUUCUUCAUUUUCUUUUGAUUUCUUGGUCGGGGCAGGUCGUCGUGGUGAUUUGUAGAAUUGUAGGUUGUGGUGUUUGUUUGCUCUUGUCUCGUUGAGGGAUGGUCCAUUCAAUUAUUUUUCAAUUGGUUCUGA